CCCUGUCCUGCCCCACACAUCCCCUGUCCCGCAGGCUGGAUCCACGCCGUGCUGACCCCCGUCGACUGCUUGGCCUUUGGGGGGAACUUCCUGCACAGCCUCAACAUCGACAUGCAGCUCAAGGCCUAUGAGAUCGAGCGCCGCCUCAGCCCCGCCCCCCUCUUCAAGUUCCCCAACUUCGAGGCCGUUUGCUGGUUCGUGGGGAGGCACCUGCUGGACACCUUCCGAGGGCUGCGGGAGAACCGGCGGCACCCGGCUGCUUACCUGGUGCAUGGGGCCAAGGCGCUUACGGCUGCGUUCCGGGCCUGGACCCGCAAAGAGGUGCUGGGGGAGCACGAGCACGAGAUCCCCGACACCGUGCGGCCGGGGCAGCUCAUCCGGGAGCUGGCAAAGGAGAUCCGGCUGGUGGAGGUGCGGGAGCCGGAUGGGACGGGAUGGGAUGGGAUGGA